GUACUGGAGGCUGGGCACUGGUUGGUGUGGGGAGCGGAGGAGAGUCAUUCAACGCAGUUUGCACAGCUCUAACGUUAGUUCACCUCCCUUCGCCUCAUCAAAGCUUCUACGACUUCAAUUACUAUAAUAAUUACAAUUAUUUUCAGUCCUUUGGAGUGGCGAAGUGUCGGGGAGCGAGCAUUCCAGCCCAGUGUUUGCAUGUAAUCUGCGAUCUGCUUAGCAUAGUAACGGUCGGUUAGAUUUCAAGUGACUACGCGGAGCUGGUAUCGGAACUGAUUCAAGUGUUCGAGAGAUGGCUUCUCUACUUCGAGCGCUACUUGUCGUUUGGGUACUGGAAGGCCUUCUCAGCCAGGGCAAUGCUGACGAGGAGAUUGUUGAGAAGCCUCAGCAAGACAACCUAGCAGAUGUACUGUUCGUAGGUGGCUACGCCGAACACAAGGACUUUGCAGUGUACGCGGACGGCAAGCGGCAGCAGUACAUGACGACGGACACCAUGUUUGAGGCGGGCGACAGCAACAGCUUGCGACUGGAGGUGCGCAGCUCUCACCUGAUAGCCAUCGUCAUGACUCCACCACAGUUCCGCAGCGGCGAGCGGCCACCAUUGGGCAUCAUAGCGUCGCUGGAGCAGCACACGAGAACACAGGAAUUUGCGACGACCGAUGCCACAUGGAGAUGCAGGCAUGGCAGCGGUGCAAUGCGCCGACUGAAGGAAAAAAGCACGGGUCGCAAGUGGUUUCACCCGCAGUACGACGACUCUCACUGGCCUACGGCCACUGUUUUAGGAAACCAUGGCCAGAAGCCUUGGGACGUAUUGAUGGACAUCAGCAGUUCAGCCAAGUGGAUCUGGGCCAACACAACCCAGCCUAGUCACACAGUUCUGUGCAGAGGCUGGGUAUCACAUGACCCAGAUGUUCUCUCCAUAUCAGUCGACUCGCAUUUCACGGCUUAUGGUGACGGCCGUCUCCUUGGAAACGGUUCUGAUUGGGAGCAAACGUAUAGGUUUGCUAUGCCUGGCAGGUCCAACCAUCUCCUAGCUGUCCAUGCAUGGCAAGACGGUGAGGCGAGCGGAGCGGGUUCCAGCAGAUCUCCGGGAAUACUGGCUUCGUUGCAGACACCAUUUCCACCUGGCGGUGUGUCCAAUCAGAUGUGGAAGUGCCGUCGCAGUCUCCAGGACGGAGAGGAGAAGGAUUGGAUGAGGGAGUCGUUUGAUGACUCCCGGUGGAAAGCGGCCAGCGUCGUAGAAGGCCACUAUACGGACCAAUCAGAGAAAGGAGUUCGCAUCGACAUCAGUCAGCAUGCUAACUGGGUUUGGGCGGCCGGCAAACGGCACUCGGAAUCGGAGCGCGACGAAGUCUUUUGCCGGGCAACAAAGAUGUCGUCCACCAUGCAUGCCAUGAAGAGUCAGUCCCGUGGCAAACUCUCCGUUGUUGACAGCAGCGCGAGUAAGAGAACGGAAGGCAAGCUGCAGAUGAAGUAUCUACAUCCGCGGAAGCACUUUGAAAAAGUUCAGGAAGUGGAUAUAUCUCGGCUGGAUCCGACUGCGUUCUUCCGCGACUUCCUUUCCCAGGGUCGUCCGUUUGUUGUGCGGGGUGGUAUAAAGUCGUGGCCGGCAUACGAGAAGUGGACUGACGAGUAUCUGAUGUCCAAGGUUGGUAAUGACCAGACUAUGGUAACACACGCUCCAGACAACAUCUUCUACUUCUACGGAAAGAAGCACGACAUGACCGAAUCGACCGUCGGAGAUUUCUUGUCGACAUAUCGUGAUCCGAACAGGAAGAAGAACUUGUACCUUGCACAGCAUCCACUGCAGUCAGAGGAUGGUACCAAGUCCAAAAUCCGGGAUGAUGUCAAACAACCACCGUUCACCAAGUUCUUGCACCUGGAAGAUGCAUUCGUGUGGAUGGGUGGUGGAGAUCAGGUGACACCAGUACACUUCGAUAACUCUGAAAAUGUCAUGUGCAUGGUGGCCGGCAGAAAGCAUAUCCGCAUCUUCGAGCCGGGAAUGAGCAACUUCCUCUAUCCAUUGGUGCAGAAUAAGAACACGGCAGUCACCAGUCAAGUACGCAACGCCUCCAACCGUAACCAGCCUGACUUCCCGGAGUUUGCGCAGGCAAGCUCGCUGACGGUGACCCUGGAAGCUGGCGAUCUAUUCUUCUUGCCGGCGUACUGGUGGCACGAGGUGACCUCCUUUGAUCGCAACAUCGCUGUCAAUUGGUGGUUCAACACUCACAGCUACGUCCUUGAUGCCGUUUACAACAAGUGGAUUGACGAACUGCCACAGACCCAGUGGGGGCUGGAGCAGGACCAGCAGCGAAUUGAGCGCGAGAGACAGAUGGAGGAACAGUCACGCGGGUCAGGUGGGGAGCGCCGAGGUAUUCGCAGGCCCGGUGACGAACUGUAAGAUGUGACUGUGCCAGACUAGCCGAUGAUGUUGGAAGAAUGGGAUUUUUUAAACAUCUCGCAUUGUACUUCACACAGUAUACUUCUGUUUCGAAGCAUGUCUGAUACCGGAGCGCUUACCGACAAACCCACCAUUCUAGCUCUAUAUACAGAAUGACUCUUUAAUCACAGCAUACAAAGCAUUUUUGCUUUCAGUUACUUCUCUUUUAUCCAUUUCCUUAACUAAUGGAUAUUUGAAUUAUUUCACUUGAAAUUCUAAACUCUAGGCUGUGCUGUAUGGAUGAUACUGACAUGACCUGAUGUUUUUAUUGGGCUGAACAAACUGUGUUUUCGUUGAUAUGGAACUGGUGCAAAGUGUGUCAUUUGGAGACAAUGUCUACGAUCGAUAUUGAGCCGCUCUGAAUUUUAUAUACGUAGGGGACAAUUACGCAUUGCCAUUUAUGCUCAAGGAUUUGCGUCAUGCAUUCCCGUAACAUUAUUUUGCGAGUCCACUGGGGAUAAGAGUCA